CAGGCAGUCCGGCUUCUGGUGCUGGUAUCCGGCCGCGGAUUAAACCACCACCAUGUCUAGCAAAAAGGCAAAGACCAAGACCAAGAAGCGCCCCCAGCGCGCAACCUCCAAUGUGUUCGCCAUGUUUGACCAGUCACAGAUUCAGGAGUUUAAGGAGGCCUUCAACAUGAUUGAUCAGAAUAGAGAUGGUUUCAUCGACAAGGAAGACUUACAUGAUAUGCUUGCUUCUCUAGGGAAGAAUCCAACUGACGCGUACCUCGAAGCCAUGAUGAAUGAGGCUCCAGGGCCCAUAAACUUCACCAUGUUCCUUACCAUGUUUGGGGAGAAGCUAAAUGGCACAGACCCAGAAGAUGUCAUCAGAAACGCUUUUGCUUGCUUUGACGAAGAAGCAACUGGCACCAUUCAGGAGGAUUACCUUCGAGAGCUGCUGACCACGAUGGGAGAUCGUUUUACAGAUGAGGAAGUGGAUGAGCUGUAUAGAGAAGCACCUAUUGACAAAAAGGGGAAUUUCAAUUACAUUGAGUUUACGCGCAUCCUUAAACAUGGAGCGAAAGACAAAGAUGAUUGAAAAGAACCUGAGCUAAAACUUUCCAAUUACUUUGUCUUACUCUGUUUUAUUUCCCAGACACUUCCCCCCUCAUAGACCUGUUGCAUGCAACUUAGUUUCACAGCUUUGCCUCUUUUUCGGUGUAUUUAUUCUAGACCUUUCUGCCACUUAGCACUUGUAUAAUCAGACUGCAAAUGGGGAUGAGGUUGUAAAUUGUAUUGAGAAAAAGGAUUGUGAAUAAAAAUCAACAAAUGUGAAAGCCCAGGAAAAUAUAUCCGGUAUUUCUGGUUUUGCUGGAUUUUUACAUUUUUAUAUAAUAAAAAUGCUAUUUUGAAAUAAAGAUUAUGCUGACUCAGAUGUAAUAUAAUGGAAAGUUA